GAAGACCCAGCUCUACACAUCCACCAUACGAAACAUCUGCCCGCCAUGCUCGGCCUCCGCACUGCCUCCCGUACCUUCACGCCCGCCGUCCGCCGCAUCACCCAGAAGCGCCUCUCCAGCGGCACCCCAAACUUCACCGGCGCAGCCGAUAAUGCCUUCAACCGCGAACGAGCGGCUGUGAAGGAACACGCUGCUGCUACAUCCGACCUGUGGCGCAAGCUGUCUAUCUAUGUGGUCAUCCCCUGCCUCUGUAUCGCAAGCGUGAACGCUUACCGUCUGUGGACCGAGCAUUGGGAGCAUGUUGCUCAUGGUCCUUCAUUGGAGGAGAAGACCGAAUACCCGUUCCAGAACAUCCGGACGAAGAACUUCUUUUGGGGAGACGGAGACAAGACACUUUUCUGGAACCCAAAGGUCAACUACCACAAGCCUUCUGAGGAAUAAAUCACCCGAGGAAUGGAGAUAGAUGAGAGAAAUAGGCCGGGCGCGAAAUACGAAAUUCUGAGAUUUCUUUGAGUUGAAUGGCAGAGAAGGACACCAAGAAAUGCUGUUGCGAGAAGCGUGUAAAUAUCACUUCGCAAUGCAUGAUUUCAAACCCUUACCAGCUCCCAACACGCUACGAGUAAAGUCAUCUCCAGUGACUUCGCAUAAACGCCUGCUCAACAGGGUAGAAUAACUUGCCG